AAUGGGCGGCGGCGUCUCAUGCGGCCGGCCCGCCGCCGCCGCCGCCGGGUCCCGGAGCCAGAGGCCGCCCGAGCCGGAGCGCGAUGGAGCGAGGGCCCCAGGCGGGGAGGCGCCGCCGCCGAGCCCGCGGCCCGACGCCCCCUCAGUGAGCUCGCGCCCCCGCCGCGGCGCCCGGCCGCUCGGAGCCGCGCCGCCGCCGCCUUCGCGCCCGGGCCGCGCGGCCGGGAGACGGGCCGGGCUGCAUGGCCUCGCCCGCGCCGCGCCGCUGAGCCCGGAGCCGCCGCCGCCGGGCCCCCUCAGCAGCGUCCGGACAUACCUUUUGGAUUUAAUUGGGUUGUCGUCAGCCUCAACUUUUAGCUAUGGAAUCGACGGGUGAGGAUGACGCGGUGGCCGAGUGAAUGAAGAGUGAGUGAGGAGCAGAACAAUGCCCAAGGGAGGGUGUUCUAGAACGUCACAGCAAGAAGAGUGUCCCCUCAGCAACGACAUGGUGGAGAAGCAGACGGGGAGAAAGGAUAAAGAUAAAGUUUCUCUGACCAAGACCCCAAAGCUGGAUCGCAGUGAUGGUGGAAAGGAAGUGAGAGAGCGCACAACCAAGCGGAAGCUGCCCUUCAGCGUGGGCGCCAAUGGGGAGCAGAAGGACUCGGACACAGAGAAGCAGGGCCCUGAGAGGAAGCGGGUCAAGAAGGAGCCCGUCACCCGCAAGGCUGGACUGCUCUUCGGCAUGGGGCUGUCUGGGAUCCGUGCCGGCUACCCACUCUCUGAGCGCCAGCAGGUGGCACUGCUCAUGCAGAUGACGGCCGAGGAGUCGGCCAACAGCCCAGUCGACACGACACCAAAGCACCCCUCCCAGGCGACAGUGUGUCAGAAGGGGACCCCCAACUCCGCCUCAAAAACCAAAGACAAAGUGAACAAGAGAAAUGAGCGAGGAGAGACACGGCUGCACCGAGCCGCCAUCCGGGGCGAUGCACGGCGCAUCAAGGAGCUCAUCAGCGAGGGCGCCGACGUCAAUGUCAAGGACUUUGCUGGCUGGACAGCACUGCACGAGGCGUGUAACCGGGGCUACUAUGAUGUGGCGAAGCAGCUGCUGGCCGCAGGCGCCGAGGUGAACACCAAAGGGCUGGAUGACGACACACCGCUGCAUGAUGCCGCCAACAACGGCCACUACAAGGUGGUCAAGCUGUUGCUGCGCUAUGGUGGGAACCCUCAGCAGAGCAACCGGAAGGGCGAGACACCCCUAAAGGUGGCCAGCUCCCCGACUAUGGUCAACCUCCUUCUGGGCAAAGGUACCUACACAUCCAGCGAGGAGAGCUCCACAGAGAGUUCCGAGGAGGAUGAUGCCCCGUCCUUCGCACCAUCCAGCUCAGUGGAUGGCAACAACACGGACUCUGAGUUUGAGAAAGGCCUCAAGCACAAGGGCAAGAAUCCAGAGCCCCAGAAAGCCACAGCCCCUGUCAAGGAUGAGUACGAGUUUGACGAGGAUGAUGAGCAGGACCGCGUCCCUCCAGUGGACGACAAGCACUUACUGAAAAAGGACUACAGGAAAGAAACGAAAUCCAAUAGUUUUAUUUCCAUACCCAAAAUGGAAGUGAAAAGUUACACCAAGAACAGCACGAUCGCACCAAAGAAAGCCGCGCAUCGCAUCUUGUCAGACACGUCCGACGAGGAGGAGGUCAGCGUCACUGUGGGGGCAGGAGAAAAGCUCAGGCUCUCAGCACACACAAUGCUGCCUAGUAACAAAGCCAGGGAACCUUCUAAUGCCAAGCCACAGAAGGAGAAGAAUAAAGUGAAGAAGAAGCGAAAGAAAGAAACAAAAAGCAAAGAAGUUCGGUUUGGGAAGAGAAACGACAAAUUCUGUUCCUCCGAAUCCGAGAGCGAGUCCUCGGAUUCUGGUGACGACGACGAUGAUGGGGACUCGGUGGGCAGCUCGGGCUGCCUCAAGGGCUCCCCCCUGGUGCUGAAGGACCCUGCCCUGUUCAGUUCCCUCUCUGCUUCCUCCACCUCCUCCCAUGGUAGCUCCGCCACCCAGAAGCAUAACCCCAGCCACUCGGAACCACACGCCAAGCACUGGCGGACGGACAACUGGAAAGCUGUUUCUUCUCCUGCUUGGUCAGAGGUCAGCUCCCUCUCGGACUCCACACGCACCCGACUGACCAGUGAAUCUGACUCCUCCUCUGACGGUUCCAGUGUGGAGUCGCUGAAGCCCGUGAGGAAGAAGCAGGAGCACAGAAAGAGACCCAGCCUACAGGGCACCCUGGCCGAGAAACGUGGUGCCUCACACACCAGCAACGAUGGUGCCAUCCCCAAGCUGGACAAGGAAGGGAAGAUCGUAAAGAAACACAAGAUGAAACACAAACGCAAAAGUAAGGAGAAAGGGCUGAGCUCAGCCAGUCAAGAGCUCAGACUGCGAAGCCUCACCUAUGAGCACGAGGACACCCGGCCGAGGCCAGAGAAGGGCCUGCUCCUGGACCCCGACAUCCCCACCGAGAGCAAGCUCAGGGCAUCGAAGCACGAGCGGGACCACUUUAAGAAAGAAGAGAAGCUGAGCAGAAUGAAGCCAGAAGAGAAGGAGUGGUUCUUCAAGGACGAGCUGCUCAAAGCCUCCAAGGAUGAAAAGUCCCUUAAGAGAAUCCGAGACCUGAGCCGGUCCUUCCGCGAAGACAAAGAGCGGCCCAGCAAAGGUGAGAAGGAGAAGGCAGUGAAGGAGAAGUCUCCCAAGGAGGAAAAGCUCCGCUUGUACAAAGAGGAAAGGAAGAAAAAGUCCAAAGACAGACCCUCCAAGUUAGAGAAGAAGAAUGACUUUAAAGAGGACAGACUUUUAAAAGAGAAGGAGAAGGCAUUCAAAGAAGACAAAGAGAAACUCAAGAAAGAAAAAAUCUGCCGGGAAGACACUGCCUUCGACGAGUACUGUAACAAAGCUCCAUUCCUGGAGAGUGAAGACACCAAAUUCAGCCUCUCUGAUGACCAGCAGGAGCGCUGGUUUUCCGACCUGUCUGACUCAUCCUUUGACUUCAAGGGGGAAGACAGCUGGGACUCACCUGUGACGGAUUACCGGGACAUUAAGAGUGAGUCUGUGGCCAGACUGAUCCUGGAGACUGUGAAGGAAGGCAGCAAAGAGAAGCGGCGUGAGGCACGGGCCCGCGACCGGCGUGAGCCUACAGAGCGCCGGGCUGACCGAGACGGUCUGCUCCGGAGAAAGGAACGGGACUAUCUAGACAGGAGCUGUGAGAAGAGGAGGGAGCCUGCCGAGAAGCACAAGAGCAGUGUCCCCAGCUACCUCUCUGAGAAGGACCGGAAGAGGAGGGAGUGCGCCGAGGGCGGGCGCGAGACCUGCAGGGACAGGAAGGAGCUGCCCGAAGGUGCCAGGGAGCGCAAGGACGGCAGGUCCAAGGCUGACGAUGACCUAAAGGAGCUGGGCCCUGAUGGCACUUUCAAGGACAGGCCCGACUGCGAUUUUGGCAAGAGCCUGGAGCCCUGGGAGAGGCACCAUCCUGGCAGAGAGAAGGAGAAGAAGGAGAAGACAAAAUUGGAAAAGUACAAAGACAAGUCUAGUGACAAAGAAAAAAGCGAGAAAUUCAUACUUGAAAAAUGUCAGAAGGACAAAGAAUAUGACAAAUGUUUUAAAGAGAAAAAAGACACUAAGGAGAAGCAUAAAGACCUCCACAGCAAAGACAAAGAGAGAAAAGCUUCUCUGGACCAGGUGAAAGAGAAAAAGGAGAAGGUGUUUCCAGGAACCCUCUCUGAUGACUUCUCCGAGAAAAAGGAUGAGAAGAAAGGCAAAGAGAAAAGCUGGUACAUCCCCGACAUCUUCACCGACGAGAGCGAGGACGAUAGAGACGAGUACCUGGGGGCUGGCGAGGGGCCCGAGAGGGAGGACACACGGGAGCCGGCCCCUGCAGACCGGCACCGGAAGGGCUCCGCUGACCGGCAGCACGCAGAUCGACAGAAGGAAAAAGAGCUUCGAGAGAAGAAGAAGGACAAGGGUGUCGCGGAGGCUGGCAAGGACAGGAAGGAGAAGGGCUUCGAGAAACACAAAGAGAGGAAGGACAGAGAGUGCGUGGACAAGUACAAGGAGCGCAAGGAGCGCACUUCCACAGACUGCGCGCAGGAGAAGAGAAGCAGACAGAAGCCCCCCGAGAAGGCAGAGAGGAAGGCCAGCGCUGAGGACAAGGCCAAGAGCCGGCACCGCGAGCGGCCCGACAGGGACCACUGCCGAGGGGAGCGCAGGGCGCCCCGGGGUGGCGAGCCAGAGCGCAGCCUGCUGGAGAAGCUGGAGGAGGCGGCACUGCACGAGUACCGGGAGGACCCCAAUGACAAGGCCAGCGAGCUCUCUUCCGACAGCUUCCUGGACCGCACACAGGACCCAGCACUCAGCGCCCUUCUGGACGUGGCCUUUCCAGAGCCACCAGAAGAGAAGGCCAAGGAGAAGGAGCGGCUGCGACACUCUUCGUCGUCCUCCAAGAAAAGCCAUGACCGAGAGAGGGCAAAGAAGGAGAAGGCCGAGAAGCGGGACAGGGGCGAGGACUGCAAGGAGCUCGGCAGCCGCAAAGACUCAGGUCAGUAUGAGAAGGACUUCCUGGAGGCAGAGGCAUUUGGCCUAGCCUACAGUACCAAGGCUGACCUCGAUGAUGAGUUGGAGAAAACCAUUGAACUGUUCUCCGCCGAGAAGAAAGAGAAAAGUGAUGCGGAGAGAGAGGCUUCCAAAAAAAUUGAGAAGGAGCUGAAGCCUUUCGGGUCCAGUGCCAUCGGCCUCCUGAAGGAGAAGAAGCGGAGGGAGCGACACCGGGAGAAGUGGAGGGACGAGAAGGACAGGCACAGGGACAGGCAUGGUGACAUGCUCCCGAGGCACCACAAGGACGAGCCCAAGCCUGCAGCCAGGGACAAAGAUGGCCCUGCCAGUGCCUUCAGGGCCAAGGACGAGAGCAAGCUGAAGGAGAGGCCCCGAGAGAACCCUGACAAGGACAAAGGGGACACAGCCAAGAUGAGCAACGGUGGCGAGCGACUGCCGCCGUGCCGGGAGCAGGGCCGGAAGGACGCACGGCCCCGGGAGAAGCUGCUGGGUGACGGGGACCUGAUGAUGACCAGCUUCGAGCGGAUGUUGUCCCAGAAGGACCUGGAGAUCGAGGAACGGCACAAGCGGCACAAGGAGCGGAUGAAGCAGAUGGAGAAGAUGCGGCAUAGGUCUGGGGACCCCAAGCUCAAGGAGCGCACGAAAUCCACUGAGGAUGCACGCAGGAAGAGCGUGGACGUCCCUGCCAAGAAGCCACCCCCAGGGCCAGACCCCGCAGCACAGAAAGAAAGGAAACCCAAGGAGCCAGGGCUCCCGGCUGCCGAGCAUAGGCCCCACCCUGGCCCUCCCGCCACCGCCCCUGAUGCUCGGGACUGGCUGGCAGGGCCACAUGGGAAGGAGGCCCUGCCUGCCUCCCCCAGGCCUGACCAGAGCCGGCCCACGGGGGUCCCUACCCCAGCCUCGGUGCUGUCCGGCCCCAGCUACGAGGAGGCCAUGCACACACCACGGACCCCAUCCUGCAGCACGGACGACUACCCUGACCUCCUGUUCGACUGCACAGACCCCCCGCCCGCCUCCAGCACGUCCGCCAGCACCGGCUCCCCGUCCUUCCUCGACAGGUUCUCUGUGGCAGCCAGCGGCAUCACAGAGACCCCUAGCCAGACCCUCUCGAGGCCCGUGUGCACGAACCUGUACCGCUCGGCCUCCGUGGAUAUCCGGAGGACCCCGGAGGAGGAGUUCAGUGUUGGGGACAAGCUGUUUCGGCAGCAGAGCGUGCCCCUCGUGUCCAGCUAUGACUCGGCAGGGCAGCCCGUGGAGGAAAAGGCCCCUGCUCCCCCGGGCCCCACAGACAAAUUCUCCUGCCUGUCUCCAGGCUACUACUCCCCUGACUACGGCAUCCCCUCCCCUAAAGCGGACGCUCUGCACUGCCCGCCUGCAGCCGUGGCCACACUCGCCCCCUCUCCAGAGGGUGCCUACGCCACCUUGCAGGCAAAGUCCCCCCCUCCUCACAGAGACACACUCUCGGCCCCUUCCAUGGAGGGGACCCUUCCCCCAGAUCUGGGGAUCCCCCCAGAUGCCACGGAGGACCAGCAGGCCACCGCAGCAAUCAUCCCCCCGGAGCCCAGCUACCUGGAGCCCUUAGAUGAGGGCCCCUUCACCGCUGUCAUCACGGAAGAGCCUGUGGAAUGGGCGCACCCGGCUGCCUCUGAGCAGGCCCUGGCCUCCAGCCUGCUGGGGGACCCUGCAGAGAGCCCCAACCCCUGGCCUGUGGGGCCUGAGCUCCUGCUCAAAUCACCCCAGAGGUUCCCAGAGUCCCCAAAACCUUUCUGUCCCACCGAUUCCCUCCACCCUGCCACCUCGGGGCCCUUCGGGGCCCCAGAGACCUCAUUCCCUACUUCCCCCAUCUCCUACCCUCUGGCAGUCCCCGAGCCAGGGCUCCAGGGCAGCAAGGAUGAGGCAGUGUCUGCAGUGCCUGCGGCCCUGCCCCCCGCAGAGGAGCCCACGCCCUUUCCCCCACCCUCCAGCUUGGACUCCUUCUUCAGUAACUGUAAGGCGCUGCCCGAGACACCCUCUGAGGGCCCCCCAGAACCCUCCUGUGUGACCACUGUGGCACAGGUUGGGACUCUGGGGGCUCUGGAGAAGAACUUUCUGGAAAAUGGGCACAGGCUGGCUGCCCUUGGCCAGGUAGAGCCUGUUUCCUGGUCUGACGCUUUCGCCAAUUCUGAAGAUGACUUGGACCUGGGACCCUUCUCCCUGCCCGAACUCCCUCUUCAGACUAAAGACGUCUCUGACGUCGAGACGGACCCUGUGGAAGGGAGUCCCCUCAUCCCCCCAGAAGGCGCGCCUGCGGGGGCACCUGUGUCAGGGAGUGGUACUGAGGCUGCCUCUGAGGGUCCGCUCCCCCUGCCGCCUGAGCAGGUAGCUGCCCGGCUGAGCCCUGAGCCCGAGGCUUCCCAAGGGCCGGCAGCGGACACAGAGCAGGAAGGCCUGGGGGAGGUGGGGUCUGGGUGCGAAAGGGGGGCCCCUGAGGAGGCCGAAGCCUCUGUGGCUGAGCCAUGUCCCACAGGACAAGCUGAGGAGGACGCUUCUGAGGGCCACGAGCCGUUGGUUGUGUCCCACUGCGCCCUUGAGGCCUCUGAGGACACGACAGAUGGGACUCAACCUCUUGGCGGGGCGGGAUUGGAGGGACCCCCAGGUGGCACCCUACCCGAGGCUACAGAACCUGAACCCAAACCCGCAGCUGAAGCCCCAAAGGCCCCCCGCGUGGACGAUGUCCCCCAGCGCAUGACUCGCACCCGGGCCCAGAUGCUGGCCAACCAGAGCAAACAGAGCUCGCCCCCUUCUGAGAAGGAGGCCGCCCCCACCCCCCGCACCAAGGGCCGCUGCCUGGAGGAGGAUGAGAGCCAGGCCCAGCACCCGCGCAAGCGCCGUCUGCAGCGCUCGGGACAGCCGCUGCCACCGCCACUGCCCACAGGCACGCGGCAGACGCGGGAGGUGAUCCAGCAGACACUGGCCGCCAUCGUGGACGCCAUCAAGCUGGACGCCAUUGAGCCCUAUCACAGCGACAGGGCCAACCCGUACUUCGAGUACUUGCAGAUCCGAAAGAAGAUUGAGGAAAAGCGCAAGAUCCUGUGCUACAUCUCCCCGCAGGCACCGCAGUGCUAUGCCGAGUACGUCACCUACACGGGCUCCUACCUCCUGGACGGCAAGCCGCUCAGCAAGCUGCACAUCCCCGUGAUCGCACCCCCACCCUCCCUGGCGGAGCCCCUGAAGGAGCUGUUCAAACAGCAGGAGGCCGUGAGGGGGAAGCUGAGGCUACAGCACAGCAUCGAGCGGGAGAAGCUCAUCGUCUCGUGCGAGCAGGAGAUUCUCCGCGUGCACUGCCGGGCAGCAAGGACCAUCGCAAACCAGGCAGUGCCCUUCAGCGCCUGCACCAUGCUGCUGGACUCAGAGGUGUACAAUAUGCCUCUGGAGAGUCAGGGCGAUGAAAACAAGUCCGUGCGCGACCGCUUCAAUGCCCGCCAGUUUAUCUCGUGGCUGCAGGACGUGGACGACAAGUAUGACCGCAUGAAGACCUGCCUCCUCAUGCGGCAGCAGCACGAGGCGGCAGCCCUGAAUGCCGUGCAGAGGAUGGAGUGGCAGCUCAAGGUGCAGGAGCUGGACCCCGCCGGGCACAAGUCCCUGUGUGUGAACGAGGUGCCGUCCUUCUACGUGCCCAUGGUCGAUGUCAACGACGACUUCGUGCUGCUGCCAGCCUGACCCAGCGCCCCCUCACCACAGGACACAGGCCAGGGCCACAUGCCCACUCGGCGCUGCUGCCGCAUGCCCCAGGCUGCGUGGAGAGUGGAGAGCAGGCACUCGGCAGCCCGGGUCCUGCUCCCAGCCAGCGCGCCAGCGACUCAGGAGCUGCAGACGAGACCCUUCUCACGACUUCCUGUUCCAUUCUGAUCCACUAAAGGAAAUGAAAUCCGGGCACCUGCCCCCUCGCAGCCGCCUCCAGCAGGUUGGAGGGCCAGGAGUGCGCUGGGCCGCAGCCUCAGACCAGGGCUGGACGCUGAGCCAUGCCCUUGGGAGCAGGGCGUGGCUGGGCCGCCUCCUAGCCCCGCCACAGGGACUGAGCCAGGCUCUCCGGUGGCGUUUUUAACGGAGUCAAAUCCACGUGGUUUGUAUAUUUUCCUUUAAUCUUGGGCAUUUUGUUUCUCUUUCUGAGAACAUAACUUGAAACACUACGGAGCCAAUAAUCAUAUAAAAAGUGUACCCGUAAACGCUGUACAGUUUUAUACACAUUCACAAUGUACUUUUGCUGCCUUCUAGAUAAUUUAUUUUGCAACACAUUACUGCACAGUUGUAAAUAACUUAUGUACUGUAACAUCACUUCAGUUAUGUGUAAAGAAAUAAAUAAAUUAAUUACAUGCUC